UAGAAAAGGAAAAGACAUUGGAAAAUGGAGCACAACAGUAAAUGAGUACCGACAAGUAUAGAAAGGUCCUCUUCACGUGUCGUUUCCUUGUAUUUUCUCAUCCGGACAGAGCAGGGAAGAUGGUGGGCUAUAUUUGGUGCCUAAUUUAAUUAGUUUACAGUUGCAGUUGCAACACCUCUGUCCUCAAGAUUUGCUACUUCUUAGAGACACAGAUUUUGGAGUACGUCGUGUGUCAAACACAUUUCUUGUUUUUGGGUGGUCUGAAAUGGAGGACAAGUCGGAUUCGGGUGUGAAGGCGUCGCUGUUGGGCAGCGGUGGACGUAGUCGGCGACUGAGUCGGAGAAACUCGUACAACACCCUCGUUUACGACUUCGUUUCGAGGCUGCCACCGAAAGUCCGAGCUGGUCUUGACCCCGAGUCGCCGGAAGUGAUCGACUGCUCACGUGCCUCGGGAUUAAGCGAAGGAGAGAAGGACUACUAUGAAAAACAAUUUGCAACCCUUAAAUCCUUUGAGGAAGUUGACACUGUAGUCGCCGCUGAGUCCAUUGAUGCGGAAAAUGAGGAAAAUCUUGCAGAACAAGCACAACAUGAAAGAGCAAUGAAGAUUUCCAAUUAUGCAAAUAUAAUUCUCUUGGCACUUAAGAUUUAUGCUACUGUAAAAAGCGGGUCCAUAGCCAUUGCUGCUUCAACACUAGAUUCUUUACUAGAUCUCAUGGCGGGUGGCAUACUCUGGUUCACUCACCUGGCAAUGAAGAACGUUAAUAUCUACCACUAUCCUAUUGGAAAAUUGAGGGUGCAGCCUGUUGGCAUAAUCAUCUUUGCUGCUGUCAUGGCUACACUUGGGUUUCAGGUAUUGAUCCAGGCCGUAGAACAAUUAAUUACAGCUGAUCCCACUGAAAGUCUGACCUCAGAUCAAUUGGCAUGGUUGUAUGGAAUCAUGUUGUUUGCUACUGUGGUAAAACUUGCACUGUGGCUCUAUUGCAGAACCUCAGGAAAUAAGAUUGUCCGUGCCUAUGCAGAGGAUCACUAUUUUGAUGUGGUCACUAAUGUAGUGGGAUUAGUUGCUGCUGUGCUUGCUGAUAAGUAUUACUGGUGGAUUGAUCCUACUGGUGCUAUUAUCCUUGCUCUGUAUACGAUCAUAAAUUGGUCCAAAACUGUCAUGGAAAAUGCAGUUUCGCUGGUGGGACAGUCAGCCCCUCCUGAAUUCCUACAAAUGUUGACAUAUGUUGUCAUAAGGCACCCUCAAGUGAAGCGUGUUGACACAGUUCGUGCUUACACAUUUGGUGUUCUUUAUUUUGUGGAGGUUGACAUUGAACUCCCAGAAGAAUUACCCUUGAAAGAAGCACAUGCCAUUGGAGAGUCCCUCCAGAUAAAUCUUGAGAAGAUUCCAGAAGUUGAGCGAGCAUUUGUUCAUCUUGACUUUGAAUGCGACCACAAACCAGAGCACAAUAUACUCGUCAAGCUUCCAAGCAGUCAGCCCUGAUUCAGUGAUAUCUGUCAAUUUCAGAGUCAGUCAGGUACUCGAUCGGGCUACUUGUUGGGUAGGUUUGUAUUGCAUAUGUAUGCAUUAGUCUAUUUUCAUUUUUGUGGGUUAAUAAGGAAAGAAACUGGCACCGUGUGCCCUUUACAUGUUGUCUUUUAGAAAUUGUUGUGGCCAGAUUUUAGUGUGAUAAGCGAGAGAAGAGAUGAAAAUCAGUUCAAAUGACAUAUUGUACGAAGUAGGUUUUGGGACUUAGCCCUGUUUGUACCCA